CCUGUGUCACGGCAGAGCUCCUGAGUUCCUUCUCCAGGCUGGCUUCACCUUCUUCUUCUCCUCGGUUAUCCUAAAAUAAAACUGCUUUUGGGAGCCUGGGUGACUCAUCAAGGGAGGGGCAGCUUUGAAGACUGGACAAGCAGCAGCUUUGAAGACUAGACAAUUUGAAGAGCCUGCAGGGCAUUGAGUAAUGAGCACUUCAGUCCUGCAGAGUCCUGACCUCAUCCCAGCUUCCCGAUCUGGCUCCUCAGGCUUGCCCUGGCCUCACUCACGGUUUCUGGUGCUUUUAUUCUGGCUUCCCAUGCAGUCCCCUUGGAGGGUGUAUGUUAAUCUUCUUUGGCUCCGCAGCUGUGUCACUGCCCCCCCAGCGAAACUCAAACUGGCCGGAGAUUGCUUCCAGGAAAAAUGCCAGAAAUAUGUCAAGGUGAGGAAGAGAAGGUGAGAAUUUGGAAAUGAACUUUUCGGGACAGAACAGCUCUGGAUGGAAAUGAUGCCUGUCCACUCUGGCCUCUCGGACACACUCUGGUUUUGCCGUAGGUUUCUCUAAGGGCCCCUGAGCUAUUCAGGACUCAGCACUUUCACUAUAACAGCAGAUGUGGCUUGCUGCUUUCCACUUCACUGAGCCCAUUUACAGUCCAGACCUCUGCUUCAACAGCAAUGUAGGAGGUACCCUGGGAGAACAAAGAUGCUUCCUAGAUGAUCUUCAAAGCUACCAGUUAUAGUGUUAGACACGAACAUUCCUCACCCCUGGUGAGUCAUAUGCAUUGCUAAGGUUUGGUUCACUUAGGAAUCACUGGCCUGAAACAUUCGUAACUGGACAUUAGUGCUGAGAACUCCAGACACGCCCAGGACACUUUCCCGAUCUCAGAGGAGCUGGGACGCAACGGUAAAGGAAGAAGUAUUAUCGGCAGAUUGAACACCCCUCCUCCAAUCUCUGGGGAAGGAGUUACAGUAGAACCAGGCUUUUCCAUUGAUGAGUUCUCUACAUCGGUUCUCACUGGGAAGAUGACUACUGUCUUUCUUCCGGUCAUUUACACCAUUGUCUUUGUGAUUGGUUUGCCUAGCAAUGGCAUGGCCCUCUGGGUCUUCCUUUUCCGGACGAAGAAAAAGCACCCUGCUGUGAUUUACAUGGCCAAUCUGGCCUUGGCAGACCUCCUCUCUGUCAUCUGGUUCCCCUUGAAGAUUGCCUACCACCUACAUGGCAACAACUGGAUCUAUGGGGGUGCGUUUUGCAAGGUGCUCAUUGGCUUUUUCUAUGGCAACAUGUACUGCUCCAUCCUCUUCAUGACCUGCCUCAGCGUGCAGAGGUACUGGGUGAUAGUGAACCCCAUGGGACACUCCAGAAAGAAGACCAACAUUGCCAUUGGUGUCUCCCUGGCAAUCUGGCUCCUGAUUUUUCUGGUCACCAUCCCCUUGUAUGUCAUGAAGCAGACCAUCUACAUUCCAGCCUUGAAUAUCACCACCUGUCAUGACGUGCUGCCUGAGGAGGUAUUGGUGGGGGACAUGUUCAAUUACUUCCUCUCCCUGGCCAUUGGAGUCUUUCUGUUCCCAGCCUUACUUACUGCAUCUGCCUACGUACUCAUGAUCAAAACACUGCGUUCUUCUGCCAUGGAUGAACACUCCGAGAAGAAAAGGCAGAGGGCUAUCCGACUCAUUGUCACUGUCCUGGCCAUGUACUUCAUCUGCUUCACUCCUAGCAACCUCCUGCUUGUGGUGCAUUAUUUCCUAAUUAAAAGCCAAGGCCAGAGUCACGUCUAUGCCCUCUACCUUGUCGCCCUCUGCCUGUCGACCCUCAACAGCUGCAUUGACCCGUUUGUCUAUUACUUUGUUUCACAAGAUUUCAGGGAUCAUGCCAAAAACGCACUCCUCUGUCGAAGCGUCCGUACAGUGAAACGCAUGCAGGUAUCCCUCACCUCCAACAAGUUCUCCAGGAAAUCCAGCUCUUACUCUUCAAGUUCAACCAGUGUUAAAACCUCCUAUUGAGCGGUACCUGAGGGUGCCAAGUCUGCUUAACGGUGUGUGUGUGUACAAGGGGUGGGGAUGCAACGACACAGGGCUGUCAUUUUCUAACCAAGCUGGUCUCAGCACUGAUCAAAAGCAUGGACAUCCGUAUCAGAAUUCUGCUACUCUGAUGUCCUGGAAACUGAAUGAACUGAGAGUAGCACAUUUUGUGGAGGUGACGAGAAGGCAGAAAUCCAGUGACUUGCAACAGCUACACCCGGCAAGAAGACUAAGUUCCUAGCUGAAGCGAUUUCUUCUGCGACUGGCCCAUCACAGCCUUGUGAGGACUGAGACCCUCGUAGAGCUUCAGUCUAGUUGACUGACUCUUCAGAUGUGGAAGGUGAGGAGACUGUGAAUGAAUUUCCUCUCCAGAAUUCUAACCAGCAACAGUGAGUUUGUACUGGACAAUAGAAUCCAAAUGCUCGUGGUUACAGUCUGGCACCAUUUCAUCAGAAGCCCUGGGCUUCAGUAACCAGAACUCAGAUACCAGGGGGCUGCUCUGCAAACCUCAAUGAUGUCUGCAUGCACAGAACCAUGGAGCCGAAUGCUGCUUCUGCCCACCAGGACACCAUAGUAACAUUUGAAAAGGAAAACCAAUAGCAGUGUUUUGGGCCUCUCUAUGGUCAGUUUGUUAUGCAGUUUGUCUAUUGGUUUAUUGGGAUUUUCGGCUCCUUUAUUACUCCUUUGUGGUUUUGUAUGUCUAUUAGUCGAGAAAAAGGGAAUGAGGAUAUUGAACAUGUAAAUACAAACUUUGUAUAAUUUUUUUUACUGUGGGCAACAGUAUUUUGCCAACUGCAAAAUGACAUUUACCACUUAGUGUUUUUUAUUUUCAAAGUUACUUUUUUAAACUCUAUGAUGCAAACUUAAGACAUUUUCAUGAUAAUACAUCAUUAUAGUACCAGUUCCCCUCCCCAUCAGUCAUAUUCCCUCCCCCACCUCCUUUCCCCUCCCCUAUUUUUCCUCCCUCUCCACCAAAUAGCCCUCUGCCUGCUCUCAGGUACAACUUAGUUUUUUGUUGCUGUUGUUGUUUGCUUGUUUUGUUUUUCAUGACAGGGUUUCCUCUGUGGCUUUGGAGGCUGUCCUGGAACUAGCCCUUGUAGACCAGGCUGGCCUCGAACUCACAGAGAUCCGCCUGCCUCUGCCUCCCGAGUACUGGGAUUAAAGGCAUGCACCACCAACGCCUGGCACCACUUUGUAUUUUUUAAAAACUAUUGUUGGAAUAUUUAUUGUCAGUUUUAUUCACCUGUUAUCAAAUAUGGAAAUAAAGUCUGCACACCUGUUUGGAGAGGCUACAACCAUUGCAGAGAUACAUGACUCCAGACUUACGUUAUAGACUGGCUGUAUUUGUGGCUUUAAAAAUUAUUUUGUUGUAUGACUGAUUUAUAAUUAAUACAGGGGCUUUUUAAAAAACAA